AUGUAUUUGGUUGAUAUUCCUACACGAAUUUUGAUUGAUGAUGAUGUCGCCGUUACUAGUGAAAACUUGGCCUGGCUAUUCGCAAAGGCUUUGCAACUUGUGAACAUGCUCGACCUUGUCAAAAACAUCGAAUAUAGAGUUGGAGCUACGCCUAUGGUUGGUGGUGCACCCGCUGCUGCUUCAAGUGCAGCCUCGGCAUGA